UUAAUGUCAGAGCUGUUGCACUUUGAGGCAGUUCUCUUCAGUACUCUCUCUCAGUUUGGGUCACUUUAUUUGAGACCAUGAAACUGGUGUUUGUGUGCUGUUCUCUGCUGAUAGCCGUCUUGCAGGAGGUAGACGCUUCUGGUAGUGGCCCCUCUGGGGUUCAGGACAGGGUGUCAGGAGGUUCCAGCUGCUCCCAGGUGAGACUGAAGCCAGCUGGGCAAUGUGAAGACGAGGAAGAGUGCCCGUACCAGAUCACGCUGCCACCGCUGACCAUCCAGCUUCCCAAACAAUUCCAUCUACUGGAGAAGACCAUGAAGGAGCUGCAAAGCUUGAAGGAGACCGUAAACACGCUGAAGAGCUCCUGUCUGGAGUGCAGCUCGCAGCAAGUAGACCUCAACUUGCAGAAGGACAGUGGAGACCGUCUGACAAACAGUGCAGAGCUGAAUCAAGGGGAUACCAGGACAAGAGUCUACCGGAAUGGGAACAACAGUGAUAAUGACAUUGUACAAAACAUGCAGGUGAAGAUGAAUCGCAUGUCUAUCAGCCUGAAGAACGCACGCGCGCAGAUUAACUCUCUUGAGGGCCGUCUAGAGGAACUUAACCUCCUCAAUCUGCAAAAUGUGGAGGAUAUAGUUGACAGAAAAGUUGAGAACAUUACCGGGAUUGUCAACAAAAUCAGCAGCAACUGCACACAUUGUCCAGGUCAACAACAACCACAACCACUACUUCAGCAUCUCACAACCAUCAGAGACUGUUCUGAGAUCACCAUUCUAGGGCGAAGGAAAAACGGAGUGUACCAGGUGACCCCUAACCCCAGAAAUGGCAGCUUUGCGGUGUACUGUGACAUGGAGGAAUUCGGAGGCGGGUGGACUGUCUUGCAGCGCCGCAUCAAUGGCAGCGUGAGCUUCAACCGCCCCUGGGCUGACUAUAAGAAGGGCUUCGGUGACCUUAAAGGGGAGUUCUGGCUUGGCAAUGAUACAAUUCACCUGCUCACCAAAGCCAAGGACAUGAUCCUGCGCAUUGAACUUGAAGACUUCGAGGGCACACGGAGGUAUGCCAAGUACGAACAGUUCUACGUGUCCAAUGAGUUCCUCAAUUAUCGGCUGUCUUUGAGCGGGUACUCGGGGACUGCUGGAAAUGCUCUGCAGUUCAGCAAACACUUCAACCAUGAUCAGAAGUUCUUCAGUACACCGGACAGGGACAACGACAUGUACCCCUCAGGGAGCUGUGGGGCGUACUAUGAAUCGGGCUGGUGGUUUGAUGCCUGCAUGUCAGCAAACCUCAACGGCAAAUACUACAAAACAAAGUACAAAGGGAAGAGGAAUGGGAUCUUUUGGGGCACAUGGCACAACCAGACGUCUGAGUACUAUCCGACAAACUACAGACAAACAUUUAAAAAUGUCAAAAUGAUGAUGAGGCCAAAGAAUUAUGCACCCUAAGCCAACUUUAAGUAUAAAUGAACAAUUAUUUUGGGGGCAGUUACAUACUUUUCCUCAAGAACAACUUCUAAAGAUAUAGCUUGAGAUUCAUUACACAUCCUCAUACGUUAGCAGAACUGCAUUUCAAAAAUAAUUGGUCUAAAUAUCUAUUUCUAACAUUGCAAGGCACAUAAAAAUACUAUCCAUCAUCGUCUUAAAAUGCCAGGUCUUGGAGUUAUGAUUUCAUGUUUUUGUAUAUGUCAUACUGCCAUCUUCUGUUUAACUGGUUUACUACACCAUCCUCUUUACAGACUCCUGAUGAGAGCUUUUUUCCCCCACCAUGUGUUGAAUAUUUAGUGGGACACACUGAACAGCUUUUUAAAAAUGUUAAUUUGAUUAAUACCAUCCAUGAUUUGCUGGUGGACUUAUGGAAUUUUAAAUGCUGGAAGUGACUUUUUUAGGCUAGAUGUUUUAUACAGAUGGUUGAAAGUUUACAGACAUGGACUAAAGGCCCAUGAGGUGGAUAGCUGUGGCUUACAAGGAGGAAGUGUACAGUAUUUAUUGUGAAAGUAUGGGAUGAUUAAAAAAAAGAUUUUUUUAAGUAUUGCUGUGUGACUAGGCUGACCUUGAUGAAUGUUUUUUCUUACCAGUCUGAAAUAUGUUUAGUUAUUUCUAAUCAUUGCUUUUUCAGAAACUGUUUGUAUAUUGGAGAAAUUAUAUCAAAUACCUAAAUCUGUGCUUUUAAAAGGCACAUUCAUAUUUUUUAUAAAACAAAUAAAACCGUAUCUAAACACUGA